AUGAAUGAAAUUGAUGAAAACCACACUUCUGAAAAUAAUAAAAAUAAAAAAAUCAAUCCAAUAAUAAAAAUUAUUGUUAAUCAUUAUAAAAACAAUCCACAAAAAAAAACAGAACAACAAAUUGAAAAUGAAAAAUAUUUAUUAGGAAAAAGAGUUAAAUUUAAUAGAUGGAUUUUAUUUCCAAUUGCAAUUUUAUCACAAUUUACUGUAGGUUCAUUAUAUGCAUGGAGUAUUUAUAAUAAACCAGUGGAUGGAGCAAUUUUUGGUGAUGAAAAUAAAGGAAUGGCACCCUACACAUUUUAUGUUGCAUUCUUUUUCUUUGGUAGUGCUUGUUCAAUAUUGGGUCCGGUUUUGGAUAGAAUUGGUCCUAUGAAAUCAAUGUAUAUUGGUUCUACAUUAUUCGUUGCUGGUCAUUUUUUAACUGCUCUUGGAAUUUACACAAAAGUAAUUUGGCUAGUUUAUAUUGGUUAUGGGGCAUUUGGUGGUUCGGGUAUGGGUAUUUGUUACAUUGGUCCUGUUUCAACAUUACAAAAAUGGUUUCCGGAUCAUAGAGGUUUAGCAGCGGGUUUGGCUGUAUGUGGAUUUGGUGCUGGCUCAAUUGCUUUUGGUUCAAUACCAAUAAAAAUAAUUGCAAGGGUUGGUCUUGCAUUAAAUUUCGUAGUGUUGGGGUCAUUAUUUUUCGGUAUAUUAUUUUCAAUUUCAUUUAUUUUUAGAACACCACCACCAAAUUUUCAAGUUAAUGGUAAAGAUUCUGAUCAAAAUAGAUUAAAAGAAAACUCAGAUGAAGAAUCUAAUAUUAAUGAAGGAACUGAAUCACCGACAUCAUCAAUAGAUAAAAAUAAUAUUAAUAAUAAAGUUUGUAAGAAUGAUGAAAUAUCUUCAUCAUCAGUAUCACAAUCAACCACUGAUGAUAAAUUACCAGAAAAACAUCAACAACAAAAUGAAAUUGGAUCAUCAUCUGAAAAUGUUAUUAUUAAAACUAAAAAAGAACCUAAAUUUUCAGAUUAUUUAUUAUCUGAUGCAAUUACAUCAUCAGAGUAUACAAUUAUUUAUUUAAUGUUUUUCUGUAAUGUCAUAUUUGGAGUGGUUGCAAUUGGAAGAUUAAGUGAUAUGUGCCAAAACAUGUUUGGUAAAAGUAAAGUUGUUGGUUCUAUGGUGGUAUCAGUUAAUGGUGCAUUCAAUUUAUUCGGUAGAUUAAUGUUUGGUUUUGUUAGUGAUAAAUUUGGUAGAAAGAAAUGUUAUAUAGCAAUGCUUACCAUUCAAUGUUUUUCAGUUGGUUUCUUAAUAAAAGCAAUGAAAGAUUUAAACUAUGAAGCUUUCAUAGGACUAAUUUGGAUUUCCACACUUUGUUAUGGUGGCUCAUUCGGUGUAAUACCAGCAUUUUUAAAUGACAUGUUUGGUUCUAAAAAUGUUGGAGCCACUCAUGGUUUAAUUUUAUCGGCAUGGGCAUUAGCUGGUGUUGGUGGUGGUAUUGCUUUCUCAUUUAUCUAUAAUGAUUUAAUUAAUAAUCAUGGCUAUGGUCAUCAUUCAGCUUAUCCUUAUUUGGUUAAUUAUUAUUGGAUAGUUGGUUUCAUUUGUGUGGGUUGGGUUUUAGUUUGGUUCAUAAGAACAACUGUACCUGAAGUUUUCUUACCACCCAUUAAAGGUCAAAUCUUAAGAAUUAGGAUAUUUAAUCGUUACUUAAGGAUUAGUAAAUCAAAAGGUUUUGAAUUAUUAACAAAUCAACAAUUUAAACAAGAAUGGGAUAAUUAUUUAAACUCUUAA